GGUCAAUCAUAUGGGAACUGGUGGUUCCUUCCCCCGUGCGGCCGUGCCCCGUGGUGAUAGCCUCUGGCAAUCCCCAAUCGAGUUGCCCCGUACUCGAGAGUGGCUGACGGGUGGGGCGCCCAGGUCACGCAGCUGACAUGGCCAUCUCUUCUCCUUCGUCUUCCUCCCCAAAUAACACCAAGGCACCAAGCCCAGCGAGGCCACCAGCUGUCCAGCUCCACCUCGUCGACUCCUCCCCGCACAAGACAAAAAAACCCUCGCCUUGGAGGGUGGAGGCGCGUGAGCCCGACACCCAGAGCGAAAAAAGCAAGGGGUCUGACCGCCGGCGAUGGCGUCCAUCUCCGGAGCGGCGGCGGCGCCAUCUUCCGCUGCGUGCCGGCUGCGGCUGCGUAGGCACAUCCUGCUGCGGCCCUCGCACCUCCGCCUCCGCGCGCCCCACUCCAUCGCCGACCUCUCCCGCUCCUCCAGCUCCUCUAGUUCCGCCCCGACCCGGGCCCAGCCGCUGGGCUCCAGGCCGGAGAACGGCGGCGGCGUCCGCGCGGUGGAGAAGGACCCGAUCAAGCUGUGGGAGCGCUACGUCGAGUGGCUCUACCAGCACAAGGAGCUCGGCCUCUUCGUCGACGUCAGCCGGAUGGGGUUCACGGAGGACUUCCUGCGCCAGAUGGAGCCGCGGAUGCAGCGGGCCUUCGCCGCCAUGCGGGAGCUCGAGAAGGGCGCCAUCGCCAACCCGGACGAGGCUCGCAUGGUGGGCCACUACUGGCUCCGCGACCCGGCCCUCGCGCCCAACUCCUUCCUCCGCAGCAAGAUCGAGACCACGCUCGACAGGAUCCUCGCCUUCUCCCAAGAUGUCGUCUCUGGCAAGAUUCAAUCCCCAUCUGGUCGUUUCACUUCAAUUCUCUCUAUAGGAAUUGGAGGGUCAGCUUUGGGCCCUCAAUUUGUUGCUGAGGCACUUGCACCUGAUAACCCUCCACUGAAGAUAAGAUUUAUUGACAACACCGAUCCUGCUGGGAUUGAUCAUCAAAUUGCUCAACUAGGACCUGAACUGGCAACUACUCUUGUAAUUGUCAUUUCUAAGAGCGGAGGCACACCUGAAACCCGCAAUGGUCUACUAGAAGUACAGAAAGCCUUCAGAGAUGCAGGGCUGCAAUUCUCGAAACAGGGUGUUGCAAUUACUCAAGAAAAUUCUCUGUUGGAUAACACUGCUAGAAUAGAGGGAUGGUUAGCUCGGUUUCCUAUGUUUGAUUGGGUUGGUGGUAGGACUUCAGAAAUGUCAGCUGUGGGUUUACUUCCAGCUGCAUUGCAGGGUAUUGAUAUCAAGGAAAUGCUAGCUGGUGCAGCUUUAAUGGAUGAGGAAACCCGGAACACUGUGGUUAAAGAAAAUCCAGCAGCAUUGCUUGCAUUAUGUUGGUAUUGGGCAUCAGAAGGGAUAGGCAAUAAGGAUAUGGUUGUACUUCCUUACAAGGAUAGUUUGUUGCUUUUGAGUAGAUAUUUGCAACAACUUGUCAUGGAAUCUCUUGGGAAAGAAUUUGAUCUGGAUGGCAACCGGGUAAAUCAAGGGCUAUCUGUAUAUGGAAACAAAGGAAGCACUGACCAGCACGCUUACAUUCAGCAGCUGAGAGAAGGUGUACACAACUUCUUUGUUACUUUUAUCGAGGUCUUGCGUGACAGGCCUGCUGGUCAUGAUUGGGAGCUUGAACCUGGAGUCACAUGUGGUGACUAUUUGUUUGGGAUGUUGCAGGGAACACGUUCUGCUCUUUAUGCAAAUGACCGUGAAUCUAUCUCUGUUACUGUGCAAGAGGUAACUCCUAGAGCUGUUGGAGCACUGGUUGCACUUUAUGAACGUGCUGUGGGGCUUUAUGCUUCUUUGGUAAAUAUCAAUGCCUAUCAUCAACCUGGUGUUGAGGCUGGGAAAAAGGCAGCAGGAGAAGUGUUGGCCCUUCAGAAAAGGGUGCUGACUGUAUUAAAUGAGGCAACCUGCAAGGACCCUUGUGAGCCAUUGACUAUAGAUGAAAUUGCAGAUCGCUGCCAUUGCCCUGAAGAUAAACACAACGCUUUUCCCCCCUCUAUAACACAUGCCCAACGUUUGCUUCCUCAGAUUGAGAUGAUCUACAAAAUAGUCCAGCACAUGGCUGCUAACGACAGAGCAAUCAUAGCAGAAGGCAGCUGUGGCUCUCCUCGCAGCGUUAAGGUGUACCUCGGUGAAUGCAAUGUAGACGAAGACUUGCAGGCCGCGUAGGUUCCGAGCCUGGAUCCGUGUAAAAUUGUUGGAAUAAAUCAGGCGCAACAAGAUAGCGAUGCAAUGCAUGGGUGUUGGCGGAUCCUGCUGUGCAGUUUGUUUCUUGUUUGGUGUUUCUUGCACGCGAAUACGCGAUUGCCGCAACGACGUAUUUUAGAAUUUGAAUUUUUUUGGAACCCUUGAAAAUACAAAAUAAAGAAGAUAAGGUGGUGUCCGUCGUAUUUUUUGCUUUUUAA